AAGAAGUGUGCGGAGAAGCAUUGAGAAAUUCUCUAUUUGUUGAUUUGCUCAAUUGCAAGGAUACCCGUGUGUGUGCUCUUUGCAUUUUCUCCAGCUGCAUUUUGCUUUGCUCUGCUUGUAUAAAAAGCCAAAGUGUCGCAGCGGAGCUUUCAGUUGUGGAGCUUUUGGUCAUUUUACGUGAUGUUGCAAAUUAAACAUCUUCUGAUUUUUGUGGGAGUGCUCGUGGUUGUUAAUGCACAGAGCAACUACUGCAAACAGGAAUCGUGCUCAUCGGGAGGUGUUGAGAGACCCCAUAUUGGGUGCAAAAACUCUGGAGAUUUUUCAGAAACUUGCUCCGGAGAUGCAGAAAUUGUUAAGAUGGACAAGAAGAAGCAGAACCUCCUUGUGAAAAUGCACAAUCGCCUGAGAGAUAGGUUUGCUCGUGGUGCAGUGCCUGGCUUUGCACCAGCUGCGAAAAUGCCAAUGCUUAAAUGGAACGAUGAACUGGCCAAAUUGGCAGAGUACAACGUGAGAACGUGCAAAUUUGCCCACGAUAAAUGCCGCGCAAUUGAUGUCUGCCCCUAUGCUGGACAGAAUCUAGCUCAAAUGAUGUCCUAUCCUACCCAUCGGGAUCUAAAUUACGUGCUUAAGAAUCUCACAAGGGAAUGGUUCUGGGAGUACAGAUGGGCUAAGCAAUCUCAGCUUGAUAAUUACGUGGGUGGUCCUGGAAAAGACAACAAACAAAUUGGACAUUUCACAGCUUUUGUGCAUGAGAAAACAGACAAAGUUGGAUGCGCCAUAGCUCGAUUUACGAAUGAGCACAAUUUUAAGGAAACCCUCCUAGCUUGCAACUACUGCUACACGAAUAUGAUGAAGGAGAGGAUCUACACGCAGGGAAAACCUUGUUCACAGUGUCAGAGCAAAAAGUGUGGACCAGUCUACAAGAACCUGUGUGAUCCUUCGGAGAAGGUUGACCCAACUCCUGAUGUCCUUAAACAAUGGAAGCAUGGAAAAUGAUUAUCAAGCUCACUUCGAAUGUUUCCAAUCCAAAAAAAAAUUAAUCGGUGUUUUAGAAAAAUGUCAAAGCUAUCGUUUUCCCUUCUCUCUCGAUGAAUUGGCAAAAAAGGUAACGAAGGAGAAAAAGAUGUGGAUAAAUAAAGAGAUAAAGAGAAGAAUUGAGAUAAAA